AUGCGUGGCAAAGCGCUCUUCUGCUUAUUGAUUCCACCUCCCGCGACUAAAGUGGUAAAGCUCAUGGUGUUGGACGCACCGGACGGAAUUGAAAUGAACGUAUCUGAGAAUUGUGUUGAAUAUCCCAAGAUCCUUUACGAUUGCGGUGGAGUGACGAAAGAAGUGCCUCUGGCUUUACAAGAAUCGACGGCUGUGAAGAUGUCAUCGACAGCGAAGCCAAUGUGUUGUAUUCCUGGACCACCGUUGGCGUCCAGAAACCGCGUAACCUGA